GCGUUCCAAGUUAGGCGGAAAUAGAAACCCUUCUUUUCUCUAUUUAAGCGCGCCAACAAGGACUCUUACAGGAGGUCUAUCUGUACUUCAUUCACAGACGCACCACACUGCCUGUUUUCCUCUUUCCACCGUCUCUCCUAUUGUCCUGAAAAAAUGCCAGAGGAAACGUCCACCGCGUCCAGCUCUGGGAGUGUGGAGGAGAAGCCGUGCUCAUCAUCAUCAUCAUCAGCUGCUGCAGACAGCUCUGUGGACGUCAUGGAGGAGGCAAAGAAACUGAUUGGCACGGGGAACAGACAUCUAGUGAUGGGAGACAUUGUCUCUGCUGUUGGUGUUUUCCAGGAAGCCUGUAGCAUGCUGGCGGCGAAGUAUGGGGACACUGCAGAUGAGUGUGGAGAGGCCCUCUUCCUGUGUGGGAAGUCCCUACUGGAGCUUGCCAGAAUGGAGAACAGUGUACUUGGUAAUGCCCUGGAGGGAGUCCCAGAAGAAUCGGAGGAAGAGGAGCAGCCUAACUCAAAUAUUGAGAGUGCCAACAACCUUGAUGAUGAUGACGAUGAUGAUGAUGACGAUGAUGAUGAUGAUGACGAGGAGGAUGGAGAAAAAAAUGGACAAGAUAAAGAUGAGGAGGAAGUUGGGAAUUUGCAGUUGGCCUGGGAGAUGCUGGAGGUGGCUAAAGUCAUCUUUAAAAGAAAGGAGAGCAAAGACGAGCAGCUGAUGGCAGCCCAGGCAUAUCUGAAACUCGGAGAAGUCAGUACUGAAUCAGGUAACUACCCCCAGGCUCUAGAAGACUUCCAGGAAUGUCUUACCCUGCAGCUGAAGCACUUGUCUCCCCACAGUCGUCUCCUGGCUGAGACCCACUACCAUGUCGCCGCCACACUGUGCUACAUGGACCAGUACAGCCAGGCCAUCCAGCACUACAACAGCUCCAUAAAAGUCAUCGAGACCCGUCUGGCCAUGUUGCAGGAGGUGAUAGAUGCAGCAGAUGGAGCAGCAGAAGAGAAGAAUGAGAUGGAGGAGCUGAAGCAGCUUCUGCCAGACAUCAGGGAAAAGGUGGAGGAUGCCAAGGAGAGCCAGAGAACUGCCAGCACUGCCUCCCAGGCCAUCCAGCAAACACUAGGCGGUGCCUCGACCUCAACAGCAUUCCUAUGUGAAAACGGGGGCCCAUCAUCAUCAGCAUUUGCAACAGCCAGCCAGAUUCCAGUUAAAUCAUCUGACAGCGCUUCAUCUUCCAAAGCAGUCUCAGACAUCUCCCACCUUGUCAGGAAAAAGAGGAAACCAGAGGAGGAGAGCCCAGUAAAGGACACUGAUGCUAAACAAGCGAAACAGGAAGCCACAGUUAAUGGCAGCGGUGACUCUAGUGCCAGCAACGGCAAUGGAGUCCAGGAGGGAAAAUCACAGGAGCCUGCCAACCAGUCAGCCUCUGUCCAGUCUUCAGCGUGACGUACCAUGUCUCUUUCCUGAUCUUCAAAACCAGCACAGCAUGCCUGUCCAGCCCCUCUCCACCCUCAGCAAUUUUGUUUUGUAAAUAAGAUCCAUUUUCAUAGAUUUGUCUGUCCAGUUUUGUAUACUUGUAGUAAAAGAAAAUAAAGAAUUUGCAGAUGUAAA